AUGGCGCUGCUCUGUAUCCUGCCAUUGUUUGUGCGCCUGCUUGGCAUGGGUGAGCAGUUUGCGACAUUGGCGGGCGAAUAUGCUAUUGCCAUUCUGCCGGUCACCGCCGCACGAGGCGUUUGCGAGGUGCUACAAGCCUGGCUCGCAUGCCAAAAGAUUACCAAGCCGCCGCUCUACAUCAACCUCGCCCUGACGCCAUUCCAUGCAGCAGUCUGCUACUCUCUCGUGUUCAAUACCCGCCUCGGCUUCCUCGGCGCGGGAUGCGCAAACUCAGCUAUGUGGAUCGCACGCGCUGCCACCUUGUACAUGCACUGCAUCAGCCCGCACGCUGACCUCGACCGCCCGUUCGGCGGCCUCACUCGGCGCGGCCUGAGAGACGGCCGAGGGGAGCUCUUGCGGCUCGUCUUGCCGGGCGUGCUCAUGAGUGACUACUGGACGGGAGAGGCCAUCAUGGUAUGCACCGGCCUGGUGCCAAAUCCGGCCGUCGCCCUCUCCGCCCUCUCGGUAUAUACCUCGACGUUGAAGAUGAUUUACGACGUGCCGAACGGGGUUCGAAGUGGGGUCACUGUUUGUGUCGGAAGAGCUCUGGGGGCUGGGCUUCCCAGCCUCGCCUCUCUUGCGAUACGAAAUGGCCGCCUUCUGCUCGGGUGCUGGCUGCCAUUGCCCCUCUUCGCGGUCUGCGCCUUUACUAGCGGCUGGGCUCGGAUCUUCACGCGAGACGAGGCUGUUAUUUUGCAGCUCCACGCACUGGUGCCGUGGCUAGUCGUCAACUCCUGUGCUGGGGGUCUAAUGGCAAUAGCCAACGCCGUGAUGGCUGGCUGCAAAAGACUGCCGCCAAGCUGGCGCAGCUCUGCUUCACUUGCAUUGGCUUCCCUCUGGGGCUGCUCCUCGGCUUCAGCUUUGGGCUAG